CCUCUCACGUGACCGCGACUGGCGCCAGGAGGCACUCCCACCCGGACAGCCUGACUGCUGUUGCUCUUAUCGUAUAACUUCUGGUUUGUCUCGAAAAUGUAUAAUGUUACUAUUCAAAACCAAUAACGUAUCAUAUAUUAACCGCUUGAACAUAUAUCAUAUUAUAUAACACCUGCUAGUGUAGGCACAUUUCACUCGGUCUUGCGGUGUGCGGGGGAUGGACCUCCGAAACAGCUGACCGUGCAUUUCGACUAAAGCACAACAGCCUGGACAUUUCGGUUUGUGCCAAAUGUUGAACCUCUUGAAUAUCAGGCACGACCUAAAAUAAUUAAGGAAAAACAAAAAAGAAUAGACUGUAAACUUUAAACUGUGUAAAAUGUCUGGAAAAGAUCCAAAAGGAGGUGGAACCACUCUGACUGUUGAGAAGGUGUCACUCAUUCCAUUACAGCCCGCCUGCAUUGAUAGAAGCCCCACAAAGGACAGUCUAUCCACAUCCAAGCCCUCUGGGAUCCCUUCCACCUGGCAGGGUUUUGGGCAGAAAGUGGGUCUCCUGGUUCCCUACUUGUGGCCCAGGGGAAGCCUGCUCCUACAGGGCCAGGUUCUGCUCUGUCUGGGCCUACUGGCCGUGGAGAGAGUAAUCAACGUUUUUGUCCCCAUUUUCUCCAAAAACAUUGUGAAUGAUCUAUCAGGCGGCAGCAGCUGGAAAACUCUGGCCAUGACAGUGUGUGUUUAUGUCUUGCUCAAGUUCCUCCAGGGUGGAGGGGCAGGUACAUCAGGGUUUAUCAGUAACCUGCGCUCCUUCCUGUGGACAUGGGUGCAGCAGUACACCAGCAGAGUGGUUCAGCUACGUCUGUUUGGACACCUCCACUCCCUCUCACUGUGCUGGCACCUGGGGAGACAGACCGGAGACGUCCUGACAAGUGUAGAUAGAGGGACCGCCUCCAUUAAUAACCUGCUGAGCUACAUCAUGUUCAGCAUCCUGCCCACAAUUGCUGAUAUAGUCAUCGCCAUCCUCUACUUCGUGUCCUACUUCAGUGCCUGGUUCGGCCUCAUCGUCUUCAUCUGCAUGCUGCUCUACCUGACGCUCACCAUUAUUAUGACGGAGUGGAGGACCAGGUACAGAAGAGACAUGAACGCUCUGGAGAACAACGCCAAGUCCAAAGCUGUGGACUCCCUGCUCAACUUCGAGACGGUGAAAUAUUAUAAUGCUGAGAGAUAUGAAGUGAACUGCUUUGAGGAAGCCAUUCUGAAGUACCAGGGGUCGGAGUGGAAGACUAACGCCUCGUUGGCUCUACUGAACCAGACCCAGAACCUGAUAAUUGGUUCCGGCCUGCUAGCAGGAUCUCUGCUGUGUGCUUACAUGGUCACUGAGGGCCACUUCCAGGUGGGUGACUAUGUCCUGUUUGGCACCUACAUUAUCCAGCUGUACACUCCUCUCAAUUGGUUUGGGACCUACUACAGGCUGAUCCAGAGUGCCUUUAUUGACAUGGAGAACAUGUUCGCACUCCUAACUGAAGAACCAGAAGUUAAAGACGAUGUCAGCGCCACAGAGCUCCUGCUGACCGCAGGGAAAGUGGAGUUUGAGAAUGUCUGCUUCAGUUACACUGAAGGAAAUGUGAUUCUCAGGGACGUGUCGUUCACUGUGACUCCUGGUCAAACUGUUGCUCUGGUGGGGAUGUCUGGCUCAGGGAAAAGCACAAUCCUUCGACUGCUGUUUCGCUUCUUUGACGUCCAGGGAGGCUGUAUCCGCAUAGACGGUCAGGACAUAUCUAAGGUGAAGCAAACCUCUCUUCGUUCCUAUGUUGGUGUAGUUCCUCAGGACACAGUGUUAUUCAGUGACAGCAUCGGUAACAACAUUCGCUACGGACGUGUUUCUGCAAGCAACCAGGAGGUGGAGGAGGCGGCACUCACUGCGGACAUCCAUCACAAGAUACUGUCCCUGCCCGAGGGGUACGAGACACAGGUGGGAGAGAGAGGCCUGAAGCUGAGUGGGGGAGAGAAACAGAGGGUGGCCAUCGCCAGAACCAUCCUCAAGGACCCACACAUCCUCCUGUUGGAUGAGGCUACAUCAGCCCUGGACACACAAACUGAACGGAACAUCCAGGCUUCGCUGUCCAAAGUCUGUGCUGGCCGGACCACCAUUGUGGUUGCACACAGGUUGUCGACCAUCGUUGGAUCAGACCAGAUACUGGUUGUCCAAGAUGGCCGGAUCGCUGAGAGAGGAAGGCAUGAAGACCUGCUGGCCCAGGGAGGUUUCUAUUCUGCUAUGUGGCUGAAACAGCUGCAGAAGACCCCGAACCCUAACACAGAGUUCAACCCUAACACAGAGGUCAACCCUGACACAGAGGUCAACCCUAACACAGAGUUCAACCCUAACACAGAGGUCAACCCUGACACAGAGGUCAACCCUAACACAGAGGUCAACCCUGACACAGAUGUCAACCCUAACACAGAGUUCAACCCUAACACAGAGGUCAACCCUGACACAGAGGUCAACCCUAACACGGAGGUCAACCCUAACACGGAGUUCAACCCUAACAGAGAGGUCAACCCUAAGAGAGUUCAACCCUAACACAGAGGUCAACCCUAACACAGAGGUCAACCCUAACAGAGAGUUCAACCCUAACAGAGAGUUCAACCCUAACACAGAGGUCAACCCUAACACAGAGGUCAACCCUAACAGAGAGGUCAACCCUAACAGAGAGUUCAACCCUAACACAGAGGUCAACCCUAACACAGAGGUCAACCCUAACAGAGAGGUCAACCCUGACACAGAGGUCAACCCUGACACAGAGGUCAAUCAUAACACAGAGGUCAACCCUAACACAGAGGUCAACCUUAACAUAGAGUUCAACCCUAGUACAGAGUUCAACCCUAACACAGAGGUCAACCCAACACAGAGGUCAACCCUAUCACAAAGAUUACCAGCCCAAUCUUCCCCACUAAUUAACCCUAAGCCAGAGGUUGACUCUAACACAGAGGCCCUCCAUGCCAGGACGUGACAGUUUAAAACAUAGCACAUAAAAGUUGCUAAUUAAAUUCUAAAAUACACCUUGGAAGUAAGUUAUUUUAAUCUUCAUAAUCUUCAUAAGAUGUUACAGAGAACAAGUUAAUUACCUAAAAUCCAGGCCAAUGUUUGUUAUAUUUAACUUCAUAUUGAUGUAAUUUAUUCUUCAGCUGUUUUGUUUGCCUAGGCCCAGUUGACUCCCAUUCACUCCUUGUUAUAUUGAUGUAAUUAAUUCUUGAGAUGGUUUUGUUUGCCUAAGCCCAGUUGACUCCCAUUCACUCCUUGUGGAAUUUUAAGGAUUUAUGGGGUACAUUGCUAAAGGCUAUAUAAUUUGCAUUAAUAGGAUUUCAGUGCAGUUUCAAAAUCUCCCCUAACCAUCUCUGCACUUACCCAAAGGUCAAACCUAACCCAGAGGUCAUUCCUAACCCAUAGGUCAAACCUAACCCAGAGGUCAUUCCUAACCCAUAGGUCAAACCUAACCCAGAGGUCAUUCCUAACCCAGAGGUCAUUCCUAACCCAUAGGUCAUUCCUAACCCAGAGGUCAUUCCUAACCCAGAGGUCAUUCCUAACCCAUAGGUCAAACCUAACCCAUAGGUCAAACCUAACCCAUAGGUCAAACCUAACCCAAAGGUCAAACCUAACCCUAGGUCAACAGACGCCUCCUCCCUUCAGCAGUCCCUGAGCUAGCAUGUGGAAUCCAGAGCAAAGAGCCAAAGUGGAUUUCGAUACUCGACCAUCACAAGUUACAUGAAACCAAACCCAUUAUUGUGGCAUUUUGGUGGGUAUAGGCAAACUUUGGGAAGUGGUUUGAACUACUUCCGACAUAUUACUGCUUGUCCAGGAAGUCUAAAUAAGUAUGGUGUACGGAAAUGAGUUUUGUCUGAGAAGUGAACCUAAGAAAAUAAACCAAGUGUGAUACAUCAUUAUCUGUUUGCCUGGAACCAAAGCAUUUAACGCUUCAUAACCUUAUUAUAACCAUUUAUAAGCCUUGUAAAAUACUGUAGCUGUAGUGUAAAAUGUGUGUGUUUCUUUGUCAAUUACUUUCUACAGUAUUCAUGUGUAUCAAGAAACAUUACAAUGCAAAGAAACGUCAAAUCUUUGAAUCUACUGUUGUUUAUUAAACUGAAGAUGACAUCCAUUUACGAAAGAGUUGAACAAGUUAUACACUCAGGAAUAAAUAAAAGAACAUAAUAAACAAUAAGUAA